AUGUAUGCCGAGAUCUUUGAAACUCUACUUCAUCUGUCCCAUGGAAAAGAUUAUGAUAAGUUGUUUAAAAAAGCUUCCUGUAUACCUGUAUUCAAGCAGCACCCCCAGCGGUCCAGUCACCCCCAGCGGUCCAGUCACCCCCAGCGGUCCAGUCACCCCCAGAGGUCCAGUCACCCCCAGAGGUCCAGUCACACCCAGAGGUCCAGUCACACCCAGAGGUCCAGUCACACCCAGAGGUCCAGUCACCCCCAGAGGUCCAGUCACCCCCAGAGGUCCAGUCACCCCCAGAGGUCCAGUCACACCCAGAGGUCCAGUCACACCCAGAGGUCCAGUCACACCCAGAGGUCCAGUCACCCCCCUGUCAUGGCCGGCAACAGGCCCACAGUGGCCGAUGGUUUUCUGGGCUCCCUGCCCACAUUCAGCGAGGCUAAGCUCAAAACUAAAAGUCACAAGACCCCGGAGUUUAAGCUCAGAGCUAACAGGGAAGUCAUAGAGUUGACUACUGCUGUCCCAAUCAAGACAGUCACCAAGCUGAUCCAGUGUGACGGGGAGAAAGAACUCCCAGAGUACACGCUGAGCCAGAGGAAGGACAAGACCUCCAUCUUCUUCCACCUCGGCUUCCCCGCCUCCGGAUGGUACAAGUUCAGCAUCUUCGCCCUGCAGGAGUCCGAACCCAAGGAGUCGCUGCCCAACGUCUACAACUACCUGAUCGAGGUAGAGGUUCCCAAACCAGCCCGGACCUACCCCAAGGUGUACACAAAGUUCUACACGGACUACUGUGUCCUGGAGCAACCUAUGGUGCUGAACGCCCAACAGAAGCGUCUUGACCAGGUCAAGUUUGACCUUCUGGUGCCUGGAGCUUUCAAGGUUGCUGUCCACGCAGGGGAUGAGUGGUUUCAGUUGACCAAGGACGGGAAUAGAUGGAGUGACACCCUUGACCUUCACGAGCACGCGACUUCUGGGUCCAAAGUUCAAGUGAUGGCGUCUUACGAGGCUGAGGCGUGCUCCUACACUGCUCUGUUGGAGUAUACGCUGUGAGAGGCCCCGGAGUGGGGCGAGGGAGUUGUUUUAGAUACAGAAUAGGGGAGGUUGGGGCUGUGGAUUAGCUUUAGAUAUAGACGCCGGGUGGGGAGCAGGGGAUUAGCUUUACAAUUAUCUCCAGUGAUAGGGCUAGGAAUUAAAUUUACAUACAUCACCAGUGGUAGGCAUAGGGAUUAGCUGUACAUACAUCACCAGUGGUAGGCAUAGGGAUUAGCUGUACAUACAUCACCAGUGGUAGGCAUAGGGAUUAGCUUUACAUACAUCGACAAUGGUAGGUCUAGGGAUUAGCUUUAGAUCUUGACCUCGGAAUGGGUCUAGGGAUUAGCUUUAGAUCCAGACCCCGGAAUGAGCCUAGGGAUUAGCUUUAGAUCUAGAACCCCGGAAUGGGCCUAGGAAUUAGCUUUGAAGUGAGAGUUCAGACAUCGAUUUGAAGAUUUCAAAUUUCCAAUGUCCGUAUCUAAAACGUCGACAAGCAGGUAUCACUUGAGCCUGCAUAUGAAAAAAAAACUCAAUAGUUAAGUUUUGGGCUGCAUAAGGCACGAGACUUCUUGCUGUCUCUACAAUCUGAUCUCUGUAGCUUCAAUUUUUUCUUCUCUCGGUCGUCCGCCAUGCCAGGAAAACAAAAUUAAGAUGUUCUAUACACAAGAGAAGCAGUUCAACUUUACAGCUAAUGAAUUUGUAACUCAGUACGUAAAAUAAAUGCGUAUAGUCUAGUAAAUUUGUGGAUUGUUUGUAUUUUGGUUGUUUAUAGAAUAACUCACCUCAUAUUAAAUUGAGGCAAGUAUGAAAUUUUUAGAGAUCCGAUAUAAGCCUAUGUCUGUGUAUCGCUUUCCUUCAUAUAAAAUUACAUUCUUUUAUUAUGUUUACCAAAUGUCUUAAAAUUAAAAAAGUCUGU